AUGAGAGCAACAGCCUCCAAUGCAACCGAAGAUCGCCACGAACGGAGGGCGCUGUCUUCGGACGACGAUCCAACCUCGUCCUCCGGCUCCUCAUCCUCAGAAAGUGAAAGCGAAGGUGAAGACUCAGAAGACAGUGAUGAGGCCAUGCAUGAUGAGAACGAUGCCCCUGUUCCUGCGCCCGCACCAUCAGUAUCCAAUAUCGCCGGGCGGCCCAAACCAAAUAUACAGCGUAUGGAGAGGGGUUCAGACAUUUUAUCGCGACUGUCGACCUUUCUGCCAAAGAUGAAGGAUGCCAAUGAGGAUUUAGAGAGGGAAAUUGCCGCCGGCAGGGGCCAAGAUAUGGUCUUGGAUGCUGUGGAGGACGAUGGAAAGGAUUAUAUCGAGAUGAAUCUUGGGUUAGGAGUUCUUGAGGAAAAGCGCGACAGUGACGUUUCCUUCAGUGGUGAUGAGGGCGAUGAUGAAAGCCCCAACGGAGAUUUGAAGAAGUCUGAAGCUAAGGGAGACUCGGACCUUUUGGGACAGCUUAUGGGUGGCAACAGGCCAUCUACAGAUAAGCCGUCGAUUGAAGAGAUGGCUGAGUGA